AUGUCUAUUAAGAAGGAGGAAUCGAUGCUCGAAUUCGACCGGAAAGUACCAUCAGUCAUGAAAAUGGAACCAACGGGUAUGGACCUGAUAACGGUUGCUGGUCCGUGCAAAUCUCCAACAUCUGUGCUUUCGGGUUCAAACUUUCCCUCCUCGGCGCCCUGGUAUCAAAUGCCAGGGAACAAAGUAACACCAAUAGAUCCAUCACAUAAUACAAAUGCAACAUACCCAUACUUUGCAGCGCACUGUUUAGCGUCAAAUGCCUUCGAUCCGGGAGAAGAAUCAAACAAGACGAUGGAACCAACUGGCACACCCACUUUCCACAUCGUCGAUACAGCCCUAGAUUUGCGUAUGCAUCAGAACACGUAUGCUGGAUUGUGCGUACCUCAGGAACAAGCAGCCGCGUUUGACGCACAAAACCCAGUCACUUAUUGGAACGACUGUAAUGAAGAGUGUGAAACUACCGCGAAAUUAAUGUGCUCAUUUGCAUUCCCCGAUUCUGUCCAACUAGAACCUUUGGCCGCUCUGCAGUCACAGUUCGCACCGAAAGUCGAACCCCAAGAGAGCCUAAAUUCUAGGGUCCCCGAAUUGAUUAAUGCUCUUCGUUCCGUGCUUUUUACUCAGUACUUCCGGGCGUGGUAUAAUUACACCCUAAUGGAUCAACCGUCACUCAUUCCAAUAAGUUCAAGUAGAUGGUCAGUUAUGCAGCCGGAGUAUCAUAUGCAAAACAAUUAUCAAGUCCCCAGCUUAUGUUCUUCGGAUUCAGCUAGCAAUGUUCUUGGUAGACUGCUUGAUACAACCAAUUCCCUAACUUCAUCUCUAUGGAACUCUGCCCUCUCACACGUGAACGAUCAAGGGGAAGUAUUUGCCACUGCGGAGGCCUUCUGCAACCGUUAUUCCCCCCCACUGAACUUUAGCGCAUUCGCCAUGGAUCAGAAUAUGUUGUGUCCCAUAUGCCGCAAAUGUUUUCGGUUUGAGAAAAAUUUGCUACGUCAUCUGCAAAAAGCCCACGCGACAGGUACCGGGGAGUCUGUGCUCAAAUGCAAACUUUGCAACUACACAACCAGACAUUACAGCAAUAUGUACGUUCACAUUCGAACACAUACUGGUGAGUCCGUAUUAUGCUAUGCCUUGAUCUGUUACAUUUUCUCACCAUAA